AUGACUUCCAUGAUGCAAUGGCAAGGCAAUAGAAAAUUCAGGAAGGAUCAUGAAGUUGCUACUGCAAGAAUUCCAAAUCCAGACGCUGUAGUCCAGCGGCUAGAACUCCCUUUCGGACCUCCACCAGGAUUGCCCUGGCCAUAUCAAGAAAAUCCCCUUAUUUCACAGAUGGUUGGAGCACUUGAACUGUCAGAGACUCAGGUUGUACUAAGGGGAGGAGCCCUUAUCAUCCAAGAACAGGAAGUUCCAGCUCUUCCAGCAGGCCCAGCAGUAGUUCUAGCUCCCCAAAAUCAGCCAGAACUCCCACCUGCUCCAUGGUCGGAGGCUCCACAAGGACCACUGGUUGCCAUCUGCCUGAACAGCCAAUAG